UUUACGCAGCUGCGUUCGGAUAGUACGCCGGUGUGCGCGUUUGUCAAGUUUCACCGUCGUCGUCGUCGUCCGCUGUAAGAGAUAAAGACGUAGAGCGGCUAAUGAGUCGAGUUCUUUUGAGACAGUCAGUAGGAACGCGCCGGAGGGUAAUUUAUCAAAACAACAGCGUGUCGUAUUUUAUUUAAACUCCCAAGUUGGAGGCUCAAAUUGAUCGUGCGACGGGCGGACGCGCCAAUAACUUUGAAAAUAAUUUUCUUCUCCCAUAGGAGAAGAGAGUACCGCAAUUUCUUGCGAAAGGUCAAACCUGCAACACGCAACUUGGAAAGGUCAAAGAUGCAACGUGCUGUAAUUUUUAAUAGAAAAAUCAAGUUCAAUAGAAUGUAACUUUAAUAAUUUAAGAAAUUUUAAGAAAUCUCAAUGAUUGUUCUAGAACAUUAGAUGAAAGUGAUAUCGUAAAGUUCAUUUCGUAAAAUAAGUGAUAAAAAAAGAAGGAAAUACAGUUUAUAUAAGAGAAAAUUUGUGGCAGCAAUAAAUUACCGAUGAUGCUCAGAAAGUUUAGAGACACCGUGAAACAUUUCUACCAAGUUUCUAAAACUUUUUUCCAGCUGCAUGACGGUACGCACUACACGCCAAGGUUGUAAAGCAGUCUAGACCUUCCACCGAAAUAUUUGUUCGGGCCGCUGCUUACUGUGCACCCCAUGAAUCCUUCUGAGAGAGUCUGUUCUUUGAGUCGCACGGUCAAAGUUAUAGCGGAGAGAAGGGCCGUAAAUGCGAAGGGAACAUUCGUUUCCUCAGGAGCGUCCGCUUGUAUACCCAUGCCCCGCUCUUCGCGUGUUUCUUUCUCAUUGGAGAAUAAUCCCGGUGCGUUGGGGCUAUUGAUAAAUCUAAGGAGAGGCGUUCGCGCCACAUAUAUGGACUGUCGCAACAGCCCCAUCAAGCGGAGUGGAACGGAGCGAAGCGGAGAGAAGCGAUUGUGUGGAAUAGGCACACAGGCAGGCAGGCAGGCAGGCAGGCAGACAGCAGACACAGCACGCCGGAUCCAACAUUUAGCGUACAUUUUCACGUAUAAGUAAUGUCGCUGCAUCGACAACAACGAGGGCAUGAGAAGAAAUCGAGCAGCUAGCAAGUCCCUAACCUCGACAAAGAAUCAUCGAUUAGAUCUCACAGACCGAAAAUUCCAGCUGAUUCCCCUCGAUUCACUUAUUUCGCGGGACAAGCAACUGAGGAAUCGAGAGGGAGACGAGCUUUGUCAUGGCAAUUCGACGAAAAUUUCGAAGAUCUCUUCGCGCGAUUUCAGAGAGAAAGAGAGAAAGAGUCAAGAGAGUAUCCGUUUAGUCGUUUCUGAUGAUGAGUAUCGACGAGACCCACACGACUCGACGAGUAUCGCGUAACUGCCACAUGAUUCGCGUACCGACAUUGCACCCGCCGAACGUGAUGCUACGCGAUGUAGCGCGUGGAACACGUGGGUCUCUCUCUCUUUCUCAUAUCUCUCUCUCUCUCUCUCUCUCUAUUUCUCUCUGUCUCUUCCCCUCGCCUUUCUCCUACCGCCCUCGCAACGCUGUACCCCUCGUGACAAUGUCGCGCUGCUCUGACGUGCGGACACGCGGUUGAAGAAGGAAGGCGGCCUACGAGCGAGCGAGCGAGAGAACGCGCGAGGGACGAGGCUUUAUCGCGGGCCAAUCCGAACGCUGUGACCUUGAGCCGCUUCAGAGAGAAAUAUAUAUUUAGCUCCGAACGCGCGGCGGAGCGUGUUCGGGCUCCCAACCUAGCGUUCCCUCGUUUUCUAGAGAGAGCGAGCGAGUGAGCGAGCGAGCAAGCGAGCCUUCGACUUCGUCCCGCGCGAUCGAUAUUUAUUUAUUUAUUUACUAUGAAGAGAGACUGGAGAUUAUAAACCGCGCGAGUUCUCGAGUUGUUCUAUGGAAAACUCUCUCUCUUCUAUAUUCUAGAAAUAUUUAAUCAUGAGAAUCGAACGUCUGCGACCGUGAUAAUCUCACGACACGCGGAAUAUUGAUGGUUUCGUUAUUGAUCCUUCUCGCACGCUUUCAGUUCACCGCUCUCGGCCUGCUGCAACUAUCGAUCUCUCUUUUUUUAGUUUGAUCUUCAACGCGACGAUAUUAUCAGAACGUGUGAAGUGACUCUUCGCGUCACCCAACUUUGUCUUCGUUGACACAGUUUAGUUUAAAAUUAAUUUUAUUAAGAAUUAUAUUUAGUGUAAUUAAAGUUAUACUAUGAAAUAUUUCGUGCUAAAUUUUCAAUGCCAAAUUUACGUGUCUUUCUAAUCUCAUAGUGUACCAAUUUAUUUUAUAUACUUAAUACAACUCUCUCUCUCUCUCUCUCUCUCUCUCUCUCU